AUGGCCGGCAUGCACAUGAUCAUGGCCUGGGGAACUUACAAGUACAUGCAGGGUACCCGCGAGCAACGGGAACUUGCCCGUGAGAAGAUGUGGGCCCGUAUGUACCUGACUCCUCUCCUCCAGGCCGAGGAGGACCGCGACCAAGUCCGUCGUCACUUCGCCAACCAGGCCCGCGAGGUGGAGCUCCUCGGCAGCGAGCAGAAGAUCUACAACGCCGACCGCUUUGUCCCUCCCACCAUCACCUAUACCCCGCCCAUGACCGCGGCUAGCAAGGCCUGGUACCAGUUGUGGUAA